UCGCAUCUAAGUUUCCUUGUGAAAUAUAUAAAGGGCUCGUUGAAUCGACCUUCAUUCCCUAUCUGAACAGUCAGAACUCCAAAGCACUUCCCUGCUUCGAUUCACAAUGCCAAUCAUUGAGCUCACUACGAACGUCAAGGUCUCGGACGCUAAAGCAUUUACAACUGCCUUAUCCCAGAAAAGCGCUGAGAUCCUCGGCAUGACAAAAUACAUCACUGUGACAUACAAGCACGAUGAAAGUAUGAUCUUUGGUGGCACGUACGACCCAGCCUUUACCAUGAAUGUGCUCACGGUAUUGGGCAUUCCAACGGAGAAAAACGCUAGUUUUAGCCAGUGUUUCUUUGAGUUCUUCGAGAAAGAGCUUGGAAUUCCGAACGACAGGGGAUAUAUCGUUUUCAACGACCCAGGAUCGGACCGUCUUGGGUACAAGGGAACCACGUUCAAUAUCAUCUUGGCGUCUCUGCCUUCGCGGGACUGACGUGACUUGGAUCAAAUUGAGAUGACGUCUCCUUUGGAAUUGGGUUCCUCCGUAAUACAAAGAUAUGGCAGU